GCAAUUUUAAACCGCCUCAAAAAAAAAAAAAAAGUGAACUAUUAUAAUAAAACAUAAAAGUAAUUCAGAAAACCUGUCAAAAAUUUAUAAAGGAGAAACAAAAGAAAAGCAAAGUACGAAAGAAAGAAAGAAUGUUCAAUUUUCUUAACCGAGGCAGGGACAAUCCCGCCGAUGCCUCGCCGCAAUAUUCGGUGGCGAGGCCGUCUUCUUCGUCUUCUCAGUUCACCGGACCACCGAGGCCUAUACGGCUUGUAUACUGUGAUGAAAAGGGAAAGUUCCGCAUGGAUCCGGAAGCCGUUGCGAUUCUCCAACUUGUCAAAGAGCCCAUUGGCGUCGUCUCCGUCUGCGGCAGGGCUCGCCAGGGAAAAAGCUAUAUCCUGAACCAGCUCUUGGGAAGGAGCAGUGGAUUUCAAGUAGCAUCUACACAUCGGCCAUGUACUAAAGGGCUUUGGUUGUGGAGUACACCUUUGAAGAGGACUGCUCUUGAUGGAACAGAGUACAGUCUCUUGCUAUUAGACAGUGAAGGAAUAGAUGCUUAUGAUCAAACGGGAACAUACAGCACCCAGAUAUUCUCACUGGCUGUCCUUUUGUCUAGCAUGUUCAUUUAUAACCAGAUGGGUGGUAUUGAUGAGGCUGCCCUUGAUCGUCUUUCCCUUGUCACUCAAAUGACAAAGCACAUUCGUGUUAGAGCAUCUGGUGAAAAGACUUCUGCAUCAGAAAUAGGACAGUUUUCCCCAAUUUUUGUUUGGCUCUUACGGGACUUUUAUUUGGACUUAACUGAAGAUAACAGAAAAAUCACACCCAGAGACUAUCUGGAACUUGCUUUGAGGUCUGUUCAAGGGAACAAAAAAGAUAUAGCUGCUAAAAAUGAGAUACGAGAUUCCAUCCGGGCUUUAUUUCCAGAUAGGGAAUGCUUCACCCUUGUACGACCUUUGAACAAUGAAAAUGAUCUACAGCGACUGGACCAGAUAUCACUGGACAAACUUAGACCUGAAUUUCGAAAGGGCCUUGAUGAAUUGACAACGUUCGUUUUUGAGAGAACAAGGCCAAAGCAAGUUGGGGCAACUAUGAUGACAGGUCCUGUAUUGAUUGGUAUCACUGAGUCAUAUCUUGAUGCACUCAACCAUGGUGCUGUGCCUACAAUUUCUUCCUCCUGGCAGAGUGUUGAAGAAACAGAGUGCCGUAGGGCUUCUGAUUCUGCUUCUGAAGUUUAUAUGGCUUCUUUUGACCGUUCCAAGCCACCGGAAGAAGUUGCUUUGAGGGAAGCACAUGAACAAGCAGUUCAAAAGUCAAUGGCUGCUUUUAAUGCUGGUGCUGUAGGAGUUGGUGCAGCCAGGAAGAAAUAUGAAGGUCUUCUUCAGAAAUUCCUCAAAAAGGCUUUCGAGGAUUACAAGAGGAAUGCAUUCAUGGAGGCAGAUCUACAGUGUUCAAAUGCCAUACAUUCUAUGGAAAAGAGGCUGAGGGCAGCUUGUAAUGCUUCUGAUGCUAAGAUUGAUAAUGUUGCAAAGGUUCUUGAUGCUCUUUUAGCAGAAUAUGAACAUUCAAUUCAAAGUCCUGGGAAGUGGCAAAAACUUGCGGUUUUCUUACAGCAAAGCUUUGAAGGCCCUGUCAUGGACCUUUUCAAGAGGCUAAUAGAUAAAGUUGAAUCAGAAAAGAGUUCUCUUGCUUUACAACGUCGUGUGAAUGAAGAUAAGAUGACCUUACUGACCAAGCGGCUGGAAGCCAGUGAAGGUGAAAAAUCCGAGUACAUCAGGCGAUAUGAGGAUGCCAUCAAUGAUAAGAAGAAACUUACUGAUGAAUACAUGAAUCGCAUUACUGAAUUGCAAGCUAAUCGUCGCUCGCUGGAUGAGAGAUAUUCUAGCUUAUUGAAAACUUUGGACUCUACUAAGCAAGAAUCCAUGGAUUGGAAAAGAAAAUAUGAACAGAUUUUAUCAAGGCAGAAAGCUGAGGAAGAUCAAGCUAGUUCUGAAAUAGCAGCCCUCAAGUCCCGGAGUGGUGCAGCUGAAGCAAGGUUGGCAGCAGCAAGGGAACAAGCUCAGUCUGCUAACGAGGAGGCUGAGGAGUGGAAACGAAAAUAUGAUAUUGCCGUCAGAGAAGCAAAAUCUGCACUUGAGAAGGCAGCAAUCGUGCAGGAGCGCACAAACAAGCAGACACAGUUGAGGGAAGAUGCCUUGAGAGAAGAAUUCUCUGGAAUUUUGGCUGAAAAAGAUGAAGAAAUAAAAGAAAAAACUGCCCAAAUUGAGCAUGCUGACAAGUGUUUAACAACUCUAAAAUUAGAGUUGAAGACUGCUGAGUCCAAGAUAAGGAGUUAUGAUACAGAAAUAUCAUCACUGAGGAAUGAAAUUAAAGAUUUGGCUGACAAGUUGAAAUCUGAAAAUGCCAAGGCCCAGUCAUAUGAGAGGGAAGCAAUUGUCUUUCAUCAGGAGAAGAGUCAUCUUGAGCAAAGGUACCAAUCUGAGUUCAAAAGAUUUGAGGAGGUUCAGGAAAGGUGUAAAACUGCUGAAAAAGAAGCUGCAAGAGCUACUGAAAUGGCCGACAAAGCACGGGCUGAAGCAGGCGUGGCUCAGAAGGAGAAGAGUGACAUGCAGAGACUGGCAAUGGAAAGACUGGCACAGAUUGAGAGGGCUGAGAGGAGAAUUGAAACUCUGGGGAGGGAGAAAGAUAAUCUUGAAGGUGAAUUGCAGAGAGCAAGGGAUUCAGAGAACGAUGCACUUACCAGAGUUGGAAAGCUUGAGGAGAAGGUGCAACAAAGAGAGAAGGAUUUAGAAGCACUUCUGGAUAAAGAUAAAACACACAGGAGAAACAACGCUCAGAUUCUGGAACAACUUUUGGAAACAGAGCGUGAAGCACAUACACAGGCAAAUAACCGGGCUGAGGCACUUUCUCUGCAGCUACAGUCAGCACAAGCCAAAAUUGACUCUCUCCAUCAAGAGCUGACUAAGUUUCGACUGAAUGAAACAUUGGACAGUAAGCUAAAAACCACUUCUGAUGGUAAGCGCUUGAGGGUAGAGAAUGACAUUGGGGUAGAAUCUGUACAAGACAUGGAUAUGAGCCCUAGAAUUUUAAGGGGAACUAAAAGAGCUAGGAGUACAUCCAGUCCUAGGUACACACAGCCAGAAGAUGGUGGUUCCAUCUUUGAGGGUGCAGAGGACAAUCAUAGUCAGCAAACUAAUGAGAUGGAUUAUAAAAAGUUUACCGUCCAGAAGCUUAAGCAAGAGCUGACUAAACAUAACUAUGGUGAUCAGUUGCUUCGGUUGAAGAAUCCCAACAAGAAAGAUAUUCUUGCCCUGUACGAGAAAUGUGUUCUUCAGAAGUCGUAACAGGUUCUGAAAAAGACUUGUAUGGUGUGGUGCAUGUAAUCACUCUCUCUGGGUCUGUCUAAAAUUCAUUAAUGCUGUGGUUACCAACAUAUCGACUAGAGUGUGAAUUUAACUUCUGUUUGAGUUGUUUUACAUAUGGGGUGUGUUUACUUGUGUUUGCUAGCAAUGAUUAUCAUAUAGGCCAUAGAAAGUUUUGAUGGCACGAUUUAUAUUUGUGGAUUGUCUAAGUUUAAUUUAAUACAUCUGUAUAGUAGUAUUUAGCUUUUUAUUGUUUACUCUAUUGACAUUGUUUCCAUAUUAGAUGAGCUAAAUUGCUAAUUGAGACUAGUCUUUUAUGUUGCGAACAUUUUUGUUUCUUAAGUCUAGAUUUGAAAUAAUAUUGUAAGCCAAUGGUCGUGUA